AUGGAGCCGGGCGUGGCGGUGCCCUCGACGCCGUGCGACCUGCGGCGGCUGCGGCAGGAGCUGGAGAAGGCGGUGGGAAAGCGCAUGAUGUGCGACGUGCCGUUCGGCGUGCUGCUGUACGGGGGCAUCGACUCGGCGGUGAUCGCGGCGAUCGUGUGCAGGCUGUACAACGAGCGCUUCAAGAAGGAGCAGAACGAGCACUUCUGGACGCCCAAGAUCCACUCCUUCGCCAUCGGGCUGCGCGGCUCGCGGGACCUCGCCUGCGCGCGGCAGGUGGCGGCGCACGUGGGCUGCACGCACCACGAGUUCACCUUCGAGGCGCAGGAGGCGAUCGACGCGCUGCCGGACCUGAUCUACAUGAUCGAGUCCUACGACGUGCCCACGGUGCGCGCGGCGCUGCUGAACUACUUCCUCUACCGGCUGAUCAAGAGCAUCGGCGUGAAGAUGGUGAUCACGGGCGAGGGCGCGGCGGACCUCUUCGGCUGCGCCGCGGACAUGCAGGCGCAGCGCGACCCGCAGCUGCUGCACAGGGCCAUCGUGGGCCGGCUCGCGGACAUGCACUUCACCGACUCGCUGCGCGCCAACAAGGCCUCCAUGAGCUGGGGCGUCGAGGCCCGCGUGCCCUACCUCGACGUCAACUUCGUCGCCUUCGCCAUGGCCAUCGACCCCGCCGACAAGUGCGGCGCCCGCGGCCGCCUCCCCAAGCAGCUGCUGCGCGACGCCUACAAGGACGAGCUCCCGCACUGCGUGCUCGACCGCGCCGCCGUCGACAACCAGUUCGGCGUGUCUUGCGAGUGGGUCGCUGCGCUGCAGCGCCACGCGCAGGAGCGCGUUUCCGACUUCAUGCUUGCCAACGCCGCCAUCCUCUUCCCCUACAACCCGCCGCGUUCCAAGGAGGCUUACCUUUACCGCAGCCUCUUCAGCGACCACUUUCCCGACCAGAGCGUCGCCAAGAUCGUCCCCGGCGGCCACCCCGAGCCCCCGGGGCCCCUCAGCCCCCCCGCCGCCGCCCGCAACGGCCCGCUCGACCGGCA